AUGACGGCGAUGUUAGUAUCCGUGGCUGAGCUGUCGAACAUUUUCUUCGUGCUCGUCGUGUCGAUAUGCUUCUGCGGAGUCUUCUUGUUUAUCAUCAGGAACAUGAUCGUACUUCGUAUUCACGGCGACGAGUUGAUGUUCGGAGGGAGUGGAAGCGUAAUGACACAUUCGCCGCGCAUACCUCAGAUGGAGAUGAUGAAGGUCCACAUUCCCUUCACCUUCAAGCUUCACGAAAGUUUCAAGAGCACUUAUACCGAGGUUGAAUGCGAGGUGUCGAGCCAGGUCGAGUACUCUCUGCAAGCGAUCUGGGGUGUCAGUAUAAGAGAACUUCAUCUGGCGCUUUGGAAACCCUGGAGCACCCUCAGAGACGCGUCCUUGAACGGCACUCUUCUUCAAGGUCACGCACAAUACCUCACACCACCACAGACUAGACAACCUCAUGGAGAAGAAAUGUUGAGAUUGUCGCUUCCGGCACCAGAAUUGGAACUAGGAACACCACCACGACUUUGUUAUCCCCUUGUGAUCUUCCUCACGCGUAGGGAUAACGGAGAUCCUCAUCCUGAUGAAACUGUGGCACUGGUGAAUGUAGUUCACAUCAAAGACAGUGUAUGCACACUGCCAACUUCGAUUCUGGCUCAGUAUCUGAAACAAGCUAAUGGACAAUUAUCGUGUCUUAAGCAAUUGUACUUGGCAACCGGUAAUUCAACGAACUACGACGAAGGAGACGUGUCUUCGGGUCUUGGUUCAGCCUUGGCUCUGGCAGAACCUUGCAACAACAAUGGCAACUCGGCAAGGGGCACUUUGGUUGCAUCGGGAACUGGUGAUUCCGAAGGAUCCCUAUGGAACACCGCUGGGGAACAACUUUGCGUCGUUUGCCAGUAUUUCCCUCUUUCCCGAGCUUUGCUACCUUGCAGACAUACAUGCAUUUGCGCCUCCUGUUUUGGGAAAUUGGAUCGAUGCCCUAUGUGCAGAAGCCCCAUCAAGAGUUACUUUUGUAUCCGAGGCGAAGAAUACAUGCCUUUGGAGACAGAGAUCAACCCUUGUAAGCAGAGACAAUCCAGCCAUGGACCUACUCACUGGCUUCACGAUUGGAACGAUCGACUAACCGAUUUUCUUGGUUUCGCGCGAUAGGAUACUCGGUAUUCUCUGUCGUUUCGUCUGGAAUCUGUUGUACAGCGUAGUACCGCGAUGCAGAGAUAGAGAAUGUUUGGAUGUAUCUGAACAAGAUCGUAUUUUCAUAUUUUUCUUUUUCUUUUUUCUUCAGCCGAGAAAAGUGGCGUUUUCAACUCCUCUGAAAGUUAAUCGGAGUUUGAUUAUGGGACGAGAGAGAAACGAGAGAUAGAAAAGAGUGGCAGGGCAUUAAUUUAUAGGAGGCAGGACAAAAAUGAGAGAACACAAAGAUUUGUUUGCGUAUGAAAGCGAAUAGAUAAGAAAGGAAGCGGAAGUCUUGGAAAAAUGUGAAAUUUUAUGUAGUGCCAAAUAAGCAGAGCGUGGAUCGCUAGUUUCAUCAUUUUCUUGAAAAUGAUACAUUGAGUUUAUCGCUUAUGUUACCGAUCAUAGGAUUAGGAUUGGAUUAUUUUGACGUUACAAGUUUUUUUUUUCCUUUUAUACGACUGUCUUUCGACUCUGCUUCAUAAAGUCAACCUGGAACGCGAAUGACCACUACUUUGUUGGACGUUUAGAAAUCUUCAGUAUUGAGGAAUGGAAAAGAGAAAAUAGAAAAUUUAUUAAUGUCCGCGUGAAUAGAAGGAAGGAAAAGCGUUUGAUAAAAAAGAAAGAAGGGAUUUAAUUGUAAAGACAAAUAAAGAGUAACGUUUCAGAUUUUUAUCGCGUAACGUUGUAUAAAUACUUAAGAUGUAAAUACAAGAUAAAAGUAAGAAGACAUGUCCAACUUUAAGAUGUAACUAAUAAUUAAGUUAUUGAUAUUAUUUCAUACGAUACGCAGGUUUAUUCGAUAGAUAUUAGAAACAUUAGUUCCGAAUAUGCAUGCCUUUAAAAGUAUUCUUUCUCUGUUUUCUUUUUCUAUCUAUAUGUAUUGAUACACAAAAAGGAGAAAAAAAAGAACAUUUUUUUUCUCUUGUAAUGCUCUGCCGUCCACGCGCAGCGAUGGAGCUAAUUUCCCUAAUGUUCUUCUUAGAACAGCGCUACCAUGAAAGAACGUUGCUGAAAUAAUUUAAUAAGGUUGUUGCGUUAACGUUUAAACUGUAAAUACACAGACUGUGAUAAUUCUAAUAACAUCUACUAUAUAAACCGGAUACACGAGAAAGAGUGUCUCUAAUUCUGGGAUACCUCGGAGAAUGGAAUUGGAGCGGCAGGAAGUUGAACAUGAAAUCGUUUUCAGAUUUCACACAAUGUACACACGAGUUAUCAGCCUGUUUUUUUAUCUAUUAGGCGCUUACAUAAAAAAAUAAAAAAGAAAACUGACGAUACUCUCUUGCGUGGAGUUUGUAAUAAAAUCUGAAUUUUAUUGAAAUUAAGAUAAUAAUCUUCGUGCAAUGUUUGUAUGAGUGAGUCCGUUCGUUGCUUGUAUCUUGAAAUUGACAAGAACAAGCAGCUAAAGUAUCUUUGAAAGAAACGCUACAAAAUGAUGUUUUAAUUAUUGUUAUACACAAUAAUAUACAAUUGCAAACUCCAAUGUGCAAAAGUGUGAGAGUAUUUAGACCUAUACAUGUUAAUUGAAGAGUAAAGGCCUCUAAAGUUAAUGUUAUUGUAGUCGACGAUCUUAACAUCCUAAUUUAUAUUUUAUUUAGUAAAUACGGCAUUUUGAUGAUGUGACAAUGCCUAUAUGUGAGAACAACCUGUAUAUAAUUUAUUUAAUAAAGCUCAUUCAUUCUGUCA